GGUGGCCUGAAUAUUUGCCCUUCCCAUUCGGGACGCACUUUCCUUCUAUCGUCUCUUCUUAUGCUUCUACUCACACGUUUAUUUCUUUCAGUUCCUCUUGUUUUUUUGUUUUUUUUAAGUUGAACAGAAGUGAGAAGUAGGGAAAAAAAUGUGGCAACAGGUCUGGUCCUGCUUCCUUUGGAACUGCGAGACUGCGAGCAAAUGAUGGAGGUGUAGAGAGAGAGAGAGAGAGAGCGCAAGAGAGAGCAAGAGAGAGAGAGGGUGUUGCUAUAGAAACCUGAGCAGCAUUGGUGGCAGUAGUGUAGAGGCUAAUUCUGGAGAGAUAGCAAACGAAGGAGGGAGGUAGGGAGGGAGAGACAGAAGGAGAGAAGAAAGAGAGUGAGAGAGAAAGAAAGCGAAGGAAUUGGCCCUAGCCUUCCCACAACACACUGCACGGCACACCGCUUAUGCGCGCUGAGUGGUUUUCCCUCGUCCCUGGGCUGCUUGGCGCUUCGUUACUGUCUGACAGGAACCACGGAGACAGAAAGAACGAAAGAGUGGCUCAGAGGGAGGACUCUGAGGAAAUCAGGUUGCUACUGACAGACGUGCCUUUGACAUCCGCUGCUGCUUGGACCGCUUGAAAGAGCAACUCGCCCCUCCCCCACCCCCCUUUUCCCGCUUCUGCCACCUGCUUCAGCGCCAAGUGACGUCCGCAGUCCUGGACGAGAACAGCCUCUGCUACGCACCUGGUCGUCACAGCAACAACCUCUGCCCCCCUGCGUGUGCCCCCAUGUUGCUUCUCGAGUCUGUGUCAUAAGGACGUAUCCAGGCGUGUGUGUGUGUUAGUGUGUGUGGGGGAUACGCGCGCGCGCGUGUGUGUGUGUGUGUGUGUGUGUGUGUGUGUGUGUGUGUGUGUGUGUGUGUGAAUGAGUGAGUGAGUGAGUACACGAGUGUGGGCGAGAGGUGACUACUACUGCCUCAUUCCACACCACCACCAACUCUCCCCUUCUGCCCUCGCAACCACACGUAAUCAAUAAUGAGUUUCACCAUCCGUCUGGCUUGGCAGCGCAGCUGAGGAGAGACCGAGUGACACAGAGACAACGAGGAGACAGAGAGAGACGGAGGCCUCCACACACAGAGGCUUCAAUAAACUAAAAGGUCACAACAAUGGGCCUCUGAGAUUUCAUUUCUGAGUGCCUACAAACGAAAAAGCCAAACCACGUCUCAAAUCUCGUUUCCCUUUCGUUUCAAGUGCACAAACGAAACCGGACAAAAAGAAGCUCCCUCUUCUUCACCUCCGACAUAUCGUCUGGAUUUUUUUUUUUUUUUUUUUUCAAAUUUUUUGCUUUCAAGCCAAAAUGGCGGUUAAUGUGACGCCCAUCCGGGACACGAAAUGGCUGACGCUGGAGGUGUGUCGCGAGUUCCAGCGAGGCACGUGUUCCCGACCCGACUCUGAAUGUAAGUUCGCCCAUCCGGCCAAAAGCUGCCAGGUGGAGAAUGGGAGAGUCAUCGCCUGCUUCGACUCCCUCAAAGGCCGCUGCUCCAGAGAGAACUGUAAGUAUCUGCACCCUCCGCCCCACCUAAAGACGCAGCUCGAGAUCAAUGGCAGGAAUAACUUGAUCCAGCAGAAGAAUAUGGCCAUGCUGGCCCAACAGAUGCAGCUGGCCAACGCCAUGAUGCCUGGCACACAAUUGCAGCCUGUGCCCAUGUUUUCCGUCACGCCCAGCCUGGCCACCAACGCCACAGCACUGGUUAACCCGUAUCUGGGUCCCGUGUCUCCAGGCCUGGUGCCCAAUGAGAUCAUGCCCAGCGCACCUGUACUAAUGACCAGCACUCCUAACGUCCCUGUGCCCGCUGCAGCUGCCGCCGCCGCCCAGAAGCUUAUGAGGACAGAUCGGCUGGAGGUUUGCCGGGAGUACCAGAGAGGGAACUGCACGCGAGGUGAGAACGAUUGCCGUUUUGCUCACCCAUCUGACAGCGCCAUGAUCGACACCAACGACAACACAGUGACCGUGUGCAUGGACUACAUCAAGGGCCGCUGCUCGCGCGACAAGUGCAAGUACUUCCACCCUCCGGCGCACCUGCAGGCCAAGAUUAAGGCCGCGCAGCACCAAGUCAACCAGGCGGCCGCCGCCGCUGCCAUGACUCAGUCGGCUGUCAAAUCACUGAAGCGACCCCUCGAGGCAACCUUUGACCUGGGGAUUCCACCUGUUUUGCCUCCAUUACCAAAGAGACCCGCACUUGAAAAAGCCAACGGUGCCACAGCCAUGUUUAACACUGGCAUGUUCCAGUACCAACAGGCCCUGACCAACAUGCAGUUCCAUCAACAGGCGGCUUUUAUACCAUCAGGCUCAAUAUUGUGCAUGACACCCGCAGCGAGUGUUGUUCCCAUGAUGCACGGUGCUUCGGCAGCCACUGUGUCAGCAGCCACCACAUCCGCCACAAGUGUUCCCUUCGCAACAGCCACAGCCAAUCAGAUCAGAGCAAGCCCUGGGGACUUCGAUAUCGUAAUCAGAUUUCAAAAACUUGGCCCUGCUCUGACUAAUCAAUUCCAGUAAUAUCUGCAGAACAUCUGACUAGUCACAAAUACGUGACUCAGAUGUAGGACUUCCAACAAUCACGUUCACGUGUGCUCGUGUGCCGUCUGCAUUUUAGGAUCCAACCUUUACACACCAACCAAGAGCAACAGAAGAUAAGAAAAAAAAUAAUAAAAAAUCAUGUCACCAUUUCCUGGAAUGACGGAAACACGCAUGCUAACUCCAACACUGUUAAGAAUUUGAUAUAGUUGAAAAGUGAAAGAAAAAAAAAAAACUCUUUCGGUAUACAGAUUUUUUUUUUUUUUUUUUUUUUGGUAGCCGGAUGAAGAGAACAUCACCGUCUGCCUUUUUCCGUCUGCGGAUGGUACAAAGCAUGUCUGAACCAUUCCAGCGACGGGAAACGCACGGUGGUGUCUCCUGUCAUUGUUUUCUAUUGGUACAAUUUUUUGGUUGUGUUUUGUUUCUGGGACAGUGGGCGGGGUUUUAUUUUAUUUUGUUGUUUCUUUUUAUGGUUUACAAAAACCACGGUGCACCUUGAAAACGUUUCGUUUCGAAUAACGUCAAAAGGAACUUGCAAAAGAAUGUUAUGUAAGACUAAAUAUCGUGCAUGCAGUGUUCCAUUUGUGAGCAGAUCUUUUAUAGGACUUGACUGUAUAAAGCGGACGGAGGACACACACACACACACACACACACACACACACACACACACACACACACACACAUACAUACGCAAAAAUGACAACUGAAUGUCCGAGAUCUUAAACACAGCAGUGUUCCUUUUCUUCGAAGCACAUCGAAGCGUCGAUCUUCAUGUUGCCGACUACACAUCAAGUGCCAUAGACAGUACUUGCAUCCAAAAGAUUUAAAAAAAAAAAAAAAAAAAAGAUACUAUAGACUUAUUAUAGGAGUGUUACGUGUUUGUAUUAUUAAUGCCUUUAAGUCUAUAAUGUGUUGUCUGGGUCUCUGUUUGAUUUCAGUAUUUUGUUUUAGUUUAUUUUGUUACUAGCCCAAAUAUCUCCAAAAAAAAACAACACACACACACACACACACACACACACACACACACACACACACACACACACACACACACACACACAACAAUCGCCAAAAAUGUCCAUUCUGUAAAAUUCAAUAUUUUUUUUAUUUUUUUUUUAGCUUUAUUUCUAUUCUCGUUUUUUGUUUAAUUUAUAUAUAAAAUUAUUACGAUUUUUAAGUUCACAAGACUUUACUCCAAGCUAACAAGGACUCGUUCCUGGUGGGCAGCAUGCAGGAUUAUAGGAUAUUUUUUAUUUUAUUUUAUUUUAUUUUAUUUUUUACUUUUGUUUUAUUUGUGGUUAUCGAAGUGUAGAAUUAAGCGUGAACGGGUUGUAAUUCUGUAAAUGGGAAACGAAAAUAAGAAAAAUAAGAGUAUUAAUAGUUUUCCUAUCUCUUGUGUUUAAGGUCCACUGUUUUAUUUUUUAUGUCUGAUCAGAGGAUGUGGGUGUAUUUUUUUAUUUUUUUUAUUUUUUUUUUAUUAUUAUUAUUAUUAUUAUUUUGUUUUGUGGUUCCUCCUCGGCCCUGUGUGGGAGGGAGAGAACGAUGGGGUCAGAGAUGUUACACAAAGGGCUGCUGGGUAAAAAAAAAAGUACACAGUGUUGGCGUAGUGAUAAGCGUCGAUGCAUCGUUACAUCCAAGGGCAGAAUUUUAAUGAUUGUAGGGUUCAAUAGUAAACGCCUUAGUCCUUUUAGACCAUUCAGGCAUGUUCCCAUAUGUCUGUUUUGUUUUAUUAUUUUUCUAUUUUUAUUUUUAUUUUAAUUUUUUCACAUUUUUUUUUAAUUCAGAGUCGCAUUUUAUCCGUCUUAUAUAUUUGUCCAGAAAAAAAAAUUAAAUAUCCUGUCGUAGAACUAAGCAAGAAUACUGAAUUAGUAUUCCUUUUUGUCAAGUAAGGUUUAACUUUUGUAGAGUGUGAAAUACUAUAAAUAAUUGGUGUUUUUGUUUUUUUCUGUUUGUUAAAUUUUUUUUUCUUUCUUUUUUUUUUCUUUCUUUUUUUUUUAGUAUUUCACAAUUCUAAACUUAUGUAGUGCCGGUUCUUUGAUUAUUGAAUAUUAGCAUACUGAGUAAAACCGAUACGAUUUUUAUUUUUAGUGAAGCAUUUUUGUUUUGUUUGAAAUCUUCGAACAAACAUCUUUUAUAUAAAUAUAUCUUAUGGUGAGGACAUAGUUGCCAAGAGGCAUAGCUGCUGUGGUGUGAACCGCGGCUGAUAUCGGAAUAAUAUUUUAACGAUCUUCUGGUUUGUAAUUAGUCAUUCUAAUUAGAGAGAGACAGAGAAAAAAAAGAUGAGUAUAGUUCUUAGAUGUUAAAAGUUGUUUUCUACUGUAUUCGUUUUAAAAAAAAAUCUCCCUAGACGUAAGGCCUUGUUAAAGGAAAAAAGCUGCAUACGUGAUGGUGACGGGGCAGAUCGGAUGGACGUGAGGUCCGGAGGGUGUGUGUUAAACAGAUUUAAAAAAAAAAAAUUUAAAAAAAAAAUUUAAAAAAAGGCGAAUCCUUUUCAGGUGACGCCACACAGGUAACGUCGGGGAUGAAGAGGACAAAAGUCGACUUUUUUGCACUUCUGUACAUAGUCAAAAAAGAAAGAAUCGUGUAUAAUAUUGAGAUCUUAUUUUGAAUAAAAAAUGUCUAUAAAUAUGAGGAAUUUUGUUAACGAUAUUAAAAAAAACAACACACACACACACACAUACAGAAAGUCAGGCUGCUCGCAUAAAAGUGACACAGAAUUCCGAAAAGGGCAAAAAAAAAUUAUUAUAACGUCGCUUUGCUUUUUUUUUUGUCAGCGGCUUGUAGCUUGCCAGAAAGCAUUCAGGUUGGAGGUGACCCUCGUCCUCCAGAGCAAGGCCCUGUGUGAAAAGCCAUGUGGCCUCAACCUGGUGGUUCCUCGACCCUAAUCCUGAUCCUGAAGCACAUUUUAGUGUUUUUCAUCCUCUUCCACACCCACGUUGACUCAGUAGGGAUCGGUUUAGGUGAUGAGUUGAGUUUUUGGAUCUGGUCUUAACUCUUAGAGCAAUGAAAACAAUAAAAUAUGCAGAGCAGGAGUAGAACUUGGGAGCGGGAUUGGGAAUCACUGGCCUAAUCUCAAAAUGAAAUAGAUCCAACCCAGAUUUUUCUAGUUUCUUUUCUGACGAUUGCAUGUUAAAGGACGUAACAUAUACAGUACCACAAGAAAAUCUUCACUGAGUAAUACUGAAUAAACAACCAUGUUAUACAACUUAUUUACAGUAUACUUUGUAAUAUUAAUGUAACGGACUAAAAAAAAAAGGACAAAAAAACAAAAGUGGAUAACAAAAAAAAAUAGAUUCCUAGAGAGCAUUUCCUCAUCGAGGUCUUAGCUCUUAUGGAGUGAUAACAACUGUACAUCAUAGCUAUAAGUAAGAUUUUUCUUUUCAUACGUCGUAUUUUAAGUAGAUAAUGGAUCGACAACCGAAAUUCUUUGGCACUCUGAAGUAUGGGUACCUGUGGUGUAAAAUUAGGAAAUGUUUCGCGUCCAUGUUGAGUUGCCAAAUGGAUUCUGUGUUACCAAAGUUGAUUGUGCUUACGCAUUUCCUGCUCGUUCGUGGCUCGACCCCGGAUUACCCGUGGGCUCGCGAGAUCUUUUUUUUUCAUCGGUUACAGGUGCACAUUUGAGUUGAUGACACGUUGUAAUCUCCAACUUAUGGUUUGUUUCUGCUUGUAGUGAUUAAUAAUGUAUUCUGUCUAAAGCUGCAGUUUGUUUCGGCUAAUUUUAUUAUUUAGUGCUUUCAGGAAAAAAAAAGGGUUUUUGUAAUUUAGCCUCAUUUCAGCAUGCACUUAUAAUGGCCUGCUAUCACAAUACUGACACAACAGUCUUAAGCCAUACACAAUUGAAGGAUUCAAACUCAUUUAAUAUUUACAAAGGGGCAGUUUUCUGCCACUCCAGUUUAUUAACAAGGUCAACAAAAAAAAAAAUCAAGGCAGGUCAUUAUUCGAUCUGAAUGCUACAUUACAAAGACCUUAAAAAGUGGCUUUUAAUGCUUGAUUUCAUUCUUGCUGUUAUGAAAAAAAAAUCUAAUGAAAAUAUAUAAAUGAACUUAAAUAAAAGUGGAUUUGCAAACAAA